CUGACGCGGAAAAAAAAAAAAACAGAACACGAAUUUUCAAAGUUUUCCACAAGAUUGUCUUCCAUGAGAUCGUAACCACGUCCCUGACUCCUCAUCCUUCAGACAAAUACUUUCUUUGCCUUCUUUAGUCUUCUUUCUUUCACAUACUUGUCUGAAACAGAAUUAAAAAGCUUUGUAUUUUUCGGUCAAAACUGAUUCAAAUAUACUGUACAGUCAAGUCAAAGCUACAAGAUCUUGUUCCAGGUUUAGGGAAAAGCUUAUUUGGGUUUUGUAAAUGGCUUAUUGAAGUUUGAGUCUUUGCUAUUGAGUAUUUUGUUAAUAAUAAAAAGCCAAAUUAUGGGUGGAGAUGAUUUGAGCUUCACAAGAUUGGUGUUUACUACUUUGUUGUUGGGUUUGUUAAUGUUAUUGCAAACCAAGGAUACCUCUGCAUCAACUUCUUUUGUUGGCUCUAGUGUUUGUGGCUCUGAUCAUUUGACAUACACUAAGCCUUAUCAACAAGGGAGUUUGUUCACUAUCAAUGGGAAUCCAGUGGACAAAGUCCGGUUUUGCGAAGCUUUGCGGUUUCAUAAAGCCAAAGGUUGUAUCUUUGAGGAUUCUUCUAGUGUUGACAUCUGCACAGUUCACCAUCUACUAGGGAGAAGGUUUUUGGAAGAAAAACUUGUAAACGUUUCCAAAAGUAAUGAGGCUGGAUCUGAAUAUGGCCAAGUUAAAGUCAGCAUGGCAGCAAGCGGGUUUCUACUCUUCUGUUGCGCGCUUUGUUGUCCUUGUUUCCAUAAGGAGAGGAAAGCAAAUAGUCAUGAAGUUCUACCCAAGGAAUCUAACUCAGUGCACCAACUUUCCUCUUUUGAAAUGAGCCCUUCUUCUGAGAAGAUCCCGUCAAGUCCAUUCCGAGCACCACCAAGUCCAUCCCGUGUACCGCAAAGCCCAUCUAGAUAUGCUAUGUCCCCGAGACCUAGUAGACUAGGACCCUUGAACCUGAACAUGAGUCAGAUUGCUACAGCAACCAACAAUUUCUCUGAAAGUCAUCAAAUUGGUGAAGGAGGCUUUGGGGUAGUAUAUAAGGGCUAUUUAGAUGAUGGCCAGGUGGUUGCCAUUAAACGAGCAAAGAAGGAACAUUUCGAGAAUCUGCGAACAGAAUUCAAAAGUGAAGUUGACCUUUUGUCUAAAAUAGGCCAUCGAAAUCUAGUGAAGCUUCUUGGCUAUGUUGAUAAAGGAGACGAGAAGCUUAUCAUAACUGAGUAUGUCAGAAAUGGUACACUCCGGGAACACUUGGAUGGUACUAGUGGAACCAAACUUAAUUUCAAUCAAAGGUUGGAGAUUGUGAUCGAUGUCUGCCAUGGAUUGACCUAUCUCCAUUCCUAUGCAGAAAGACAGAUAAUUCACCGUGACAUAAAAUCCUCGAACAUUCUCCUUACGGAUAGCUUGAGAGCUAAAGUGGCAGACUUCGGGUUUGCAAGAGGCGGUCCUACUGACUCGAACCAGACCCACAUUUUAACCCAAGUGAAAGGAACAGUUGGUUAUCUCGAUCCCGAGUACAUGAGGACUUAUCAGCUCACUGCCAAAAGCGAUGUUUACUCGUUCGGGAUUUUGCUUGUAGAAAUACUCACAGGUCGUCGCCCUGUAGAAGCCAAGCGACCUCAUGACGAAAGGAUUACCGUUCGAUGGGCAUUCGAGAAAUACAAUGAAGGAAAAGUGUUUGAACUGGUGGAUCCAAACGCGAGGGAACGAGUUGACGAGAAGAUACUAAGGAAGAUGUUCAGUUUGGCAUUUCAAUGUGCUGCUCCUACGAAAAAAGAGCGGCCGGACAUGGAAGCUGUUGGGAAGCAGCUUUGGGCUAUAAGGUCUAGUUAUCUUAGGCGCUCAAUGGUAUAAAGAUGAAAUAAAUGCCUUUCACACGUCCAAAACAGAACUGCUAGACUCUCUUGUUAGAUAAUAUUACUUCUUUUACAAUUUGCCUUCAUACCACUUUUUUUUUUCACUGUCUUUAUUGCGAGAGUUUGUUGAUUUGAAAUGAGAUGUCUGAUUCAUGAUUGAGAUUGUCUCACGAAGCAUGAACAAUUGUAGAACUCAGAGUUCUGAGUUAAAAGAAGUAAACUCUAUGUGCA